GGCCUCCAGCGGCGUUCUCCGCUUGCUUCUCUCUUCAGUCCCCGCCUCCGGGCCUCCGCCUUGACGCUGCCCGGGCCGGAGCCGAGCCGAGGAGCCGGAGCCGUGGAGACGUGGGAAACAUGGAGGCUUGAGGCGGCGUGCGCCACCCCAGCUGCGGCGGUGACCGAGGCUCGCCGUGUCCCCGCUGUUACCCAACCGUCUGUCCGUGCGCUGAAAGCGGAUCUCCCCGCCGGCUGAGGCAGGUUGUUUUGUGGAAAUGAAGGAUUAAGGACAAGUAAUCCACCAGAUUAAAAGAUGGGAUCAAACAGUAGCAGAAUUGGUGAUCUUCCUAAAAAUGAGUACUUGAAAAAGUUAUCAGGCACAGAAUCUGUCUCUGAGAAUGAUCCAUUCUGGAAUCAGCUUCUAUCAUUUUCUUUCCCUGCACCAACAAGCAGUACUGAGUUGAAGCUCCUAGAGGAGGCAACCAUUUCAGUCUGCAGGUCUUUAGUUGAAAAUAAUCCUCGAACAGGAAACCUUGGUGCACUAAUUAAGGUCUUCCUUUCUAGAACCAAAGAACUAAAACUUUCAGCAGAAUGUCAGAACCACAUCUUCAUCUGGCAGACACACAAUGCUUUGUUUAUUAUUUGCUGUUUGCUGAAAGUGUUCAUUUGUGAGAUGUCAGAGGAAGAGUUACAACUUCAUUUUACUUAUGAAGAAAAAUCUCCUGGCAGUUACAGUUCUGACUCAGAAGAUCUUUUGGAAGAAUUGCUCUGCUGUUUGAUGCAGUUAAUCACUGAUAUUCCACUCUUAGAUAUUACUUAUGAAAUAUCAGUAGAAGCUGUGUCAACAAUGGUGGUUUUCCUUUCUUGCCAACUCUUCCACAAGGAAGUUUUGCGACAGAGCAUCAGUCACAAGUAUUUGAUGCGAGGUCGAUGUCUUCCAUAUACCAGCAAACUUGUGAAAACCUUAUUGUAUAACUUCAUCAGACAGGAAAAGCCGCCUCCUCCAGGAACGCAUGUGUUGCCUCAGCAGUCGGAUGGGGGAGGACUGCUCUAUGGACUGGCAUCAGGAGUAGCAACUGGACUCUGGACUGUCUUCACUCUGGGUGGCGUGGGCAGCAAAGUGGCCGCUGCCUCAGAACUUUCUUCCCCUCUGGCCAACCAGAGUCUUCUGCUUCUGCUGGUGCUGGCCAACCUGACAGAUGCUGCAGAUGCGCCAAACCCCUACAGACAGGCCAUCAUGUCUUUUAAGAACACACAAGAUAGCAGUCCUUUCCCCUCAUCAAUUCCACAUGCUUUCCAGAUUAACUUCAACAGUUUGUACAUGGCCCUAUGUGAACAGCAGACAUCCGACCAAGCUACUCUUCUUUUGUAUACAUUGCUCCAUCAGAACAGCAAUAUUAGAACAUACAUGUUGGCUCGCACAGAUAUGGAAAAUCUUGUUUUACCAAUUCUCGAGAUUCUGUAUCAUGUGGAAGAAAGAAAUUCACACCAUGUGUAUAUGGCUCUUAUAAUAUUGUUGAUCCUUACAGAAGAUGAUGGCUUCAAUAGAUCCAUUCAUGAAGUGAUGUUAAAAAAUAUUACUUGGUAUUCAGAGCGGGUUUUAACUGAAAUUUCACUGGGAAGUCUCCUGAUACUGGUUGUAAUAAGAACCAUUCAGUACAACAUGACAAGGACAAGAGACAAGUACCUUCACACAAACUGUCUGGCGGCUCUAGCGAAUAUGUCUGCGCAGUUUCGUUCCCUCCAUCAGUAUGCUGCCCAGAGGAUCGUCAGCUUGUUUUCCUUGCUGUCAAAAAAACACAACAAAGUUCUGGAACAAGCCACACAGUCCUUGAGAGGUUCACUGAGUUCCAAUGAUGUUCCUCUACCAGAUUAUGCACAAGACCUAAAUGUCAUUGAAGAAGUGAUUCGAAUGAUGUUAGAGAUUAUCAACUCCUGCCUGACAAAUUCUCUUCAUCACAAUCCAAACUUGGUAUAUGCACUUCUUUACAAACGAGAUCUUUUUGAACAAUUUCGAACUCAUCCUUCAUUUCAGGAUAUCAUGCAAAAUAUUGAUUUGGUGAUCACCUUCUUUAGCUCAAGGUUGCUACAAGCUGGAGCUGAGCUGUCAGUGGAACGAGUCCUGGAAAUCAUCAAGCAAGGGGUUGUCGCACUGCCCAAGGACAGGCUGAAGAAAUUUCCAGAACUGAAAUUCAAAUAUGUGGAAGAGGAGCAGCCCGAAGAGUUUUUUAUCCCCUACGUCUGGUCCCUGGUGUACAACUCAGCAGUAGGCCUCUACUGGAACCCACAGGACAUCCAGCUGUUCACAAUGGAUUCCGACUGAGAGCGGCCCCGUUCCCCGCCCCCCACCCCACCCAGCCUCUGACCCCCUCCAGCCGCAGCCCUUCUACUUAUGUUCUUUCUGGGGAACGGAGGUAGACAGAUUCCCUGGUGUGUCUUCUAUUAAAGAGGAUCACACAGGCGUGUUUCCCUUGCACACAUGGGUUUGGAGAAUUGGUGCCAGUUGGCAAUAGAUCACUCAGCUUAGAUUCUAGUGCAAAAAGUGGGAGGGGGGUACACAACCAUAAUAAAUGUAAAAACCAGCUAUUUCACAUGCAAUCUUAUUUCUAAACCAAAAAUCUAGAGCUUUUCCAGGAAACCUGAUGCCUUAGGCAUAUAACACUUUAUCAGUGCAUACUUCUUUUUUUCUUUUCUUUUUUGCAUGCUCAGGAUUUUUGUUUUGAGAGUGUGUGUCUGUGGUGUGUUUGUGUUUCAGCAUUGAGAAAUAUCAAUCUGAAAAGAUGACAGGAAUUAAUAAGGAAACAAAGCCGUGUAUGUGUCUAGUGGCCUUUCAGAGGACCCGUGAUGGAAGCCUGGGCAGUUGAAUACAAGCCUUAGAUCCUCCACAUCUUUCCCUCAAAGAAAGAAAUGGCUCCUCCUCAUGAAGCCCAGAUUAGCUUUUCUUUGGAUUUCGCCUCUGAGCUAUAGCUGAAUUAAAUUGGAGUCUAGCACAAAUUAAGUUAAUCUUCUCUGUAUUAAUCAUUAGGAAAAGAAAAGCUUCAUUUUGAAAGCAGUCUUUUUUUCUUCAACCAGACCAGUAGGAGAAAAAGGAGACCAAUUUGAUUAAUACGGUGUUCCACACGAGAUGAAAGACAUGUUUUCUUGUCCGUCUCUGACUUUGUUUAAACUCUUCUGGGGCCUGUGUGAGCCACAGUUGGCUCCCUGAGCUCCUCUGAGGGACGCGGCCACCGGGGUUGCCCCGGGCAGAGCAAUGGUCACUGAGGACAGAAGGGAUGGGCCUUUAGAGCCACGCUCUGGGCCCACGGCCACCCCUUUGGGCCUAGUUUCAGUCUCAAAGACACAAAAGUUAUGUGCUUUUCUGCAAGGGAAGCACCUGUUUCAACCUGCUGUUGCCUAAUCUAUAUCACAAGCAGCUUCUCUCCUAUCCCCAGGCUGGCGACCAGAGUCACUUCGAUCCAUCGCCAGCGAUUCUCACACGGAGCCCUGGGAAGGUUAAACACGUGACACGCCAGCGCGCCUUUGUGUGGCUCCCCCCUUGAGAAGCCCGGCUGCCCGUCCUCUCGGCAGUGUCUGAGGCCGGCCGGUUUCAUCUUCGGCAGGACGGGGCUGAGACCAGAGCUCCCUGAGGCUGGCUGGCUUAGGCAGGGCCUGCGCUGGGUGGACGUGUGGCCUGGCCACUGCCUCCUCAGCCUCUGGCCUCUGAGAGUCUCUGCCAGUGGCUGGGACCCUGGGGUUUCCCUGGAGGUCACGGACAGGGCCUCAGACCAGCAGGUGAGGCCUGUGAAGGGCUUCUGCUUAGUCUGGCCUGUGGGGGAGGCAGUGUGAAGGUGGAAGGCGGAGUCCCCCAGUCAGAAAGGGGAAAAUCCUGGAUGCCCAUUUCAGGCCACAGUUUUUUAUAUUUCCUCUAUGGAAGCGUGAUACAUAGCUUUAAUUUGUUUCCUGAGCGUUCUGAUCUGCUUCCUUUCCUUUAAACCAAAACGCAACUAUUUUAAAGGGUCACGUGGCACAGAGGAGCCCCUGGUAGGACCCCAGCACUGUCCUCAGAGGCUGAGGAGCGUGCAGUGGCGUGGGACAGUCCCUGGGCUGCAGGCCUGUCAAUUCUGCCGAUAGGAGGACUGGAGUCCCCAGCACUCGGCCACAGGGCAAACCCAAGAGAGCCUUGACAGGGGAGCCGUGCAGCCUCUUCCCCAGGCACCCCAGCUCACGGGGCGCCCCCACAGCCCCAUUCUCCAACAGUGUCCUCCCCUGCCCCCCGCUCUUAAUCAACCACACGGUAGAGGUCCUCACCGGCCUAAAAGUUCAGCUGGGGCUGCAGCCCCAGAGGCAGCGUGCAAGCACACGCUCCAGACACCACUGCAUCACAGCCUCGGCUCUGCAAACCCUCCAGAGGCUUUUCUUUAUUUUUGUGAAAGAUUUAUUACGUGACAAUAAAUUUAAAAUAAUAAACUUGAA